UUUUUUUUUUUUUUUUUUUGGGGCUAUUAUGCACAAAGUAAUUAAGAGAUUUGAUUAUAUUUGCAAUUUUCUCAGUGGAGAUAUAAAAAUAUCCCGUGGAAAAAUCAGCUCCUUAAACCCUUGAUUUAGAAGCGUAGAACCCUGGGUUAUAUCAAACUGACCAAUACGCCGGCGGAAGGCAAGAUAGAGGAUGAUGAUUAUCGGAUGCCGGAGCCGGAUAUUAUUCGGCGAAACGUCGACGCUGCUGAGAAUGCUUUGCACGGUGGUGGAAGAAUCAAAUGCUGCUGCGGUUGACCUUGUGUCGCCACCACGUAUAGAAUCCGCAAAUGAAAAGCGGUUAUACAGAAGGCUGUCGGCGUUGGGAGCCACGGGUGGGACAGUAGCACAAACAUUAAAUCAAUACAUUAGAGAGGGUAAUUUCGUUAAAAAGAUUGAGUUAGAGAGAUGUAUCAGGGAACUCCGCAGGUAUGGCAAGUACCACCACGCUCUUGAGGUAAUGGAAUGGAUGGAUAAGAGGGAUAUCAACUUUUCCAACACCGACUUUGCAGUGCGUUUGGAUCUUAUAUCGAAGGUCCAUGGUGUGGGUGCAGCUGAAGGUUACUUUCAUGACCUUUCUCCACAUUUGCAAAACAGAAAUACUUACGGAGCUCUCCUCAACUGUUACUGUAAGUUAAAAAUGACAGAUAAAGCAUUGGCUCUUUUUAAGGAAAUUGAAGCCAAGAACUUCACCACCACUUUAGCUUUCAACAAUCUAAUGACACUGUAUAUGGGAGUGGACCAGCCUGAAAAAGUCUCUCCUUUAGUGGAAGAGAUGAAGAAAAGGAAAAUCAAUUUAAGCAACUUUACUUAUAACAUCUGGAUGCAUAGCUGUUCGCUUUUAGGAGAUAUUGAGGGGGUAGAGAGGGUUUUUGAGGAAAUAACAAAGGAAAAAAAAGAGACUUGUAACUGGACAACUUACAGUAACAUUGCUGCAGCUUAUGUCAAAGUAGGUAAUCAUGAGAAAGCCUUGUCUGCUCUUAAAAUGCUUGAAAAUGAGAUGGGCCUGGGCCUGGGCCAGCCUUCACGUGAGGCUUACCAUUUUCUUAUAACGUUUUAUGCUGCGCUUAAUAAUCAAGAGGAAGUUCAUCGCAUAUGGAAUGUUCUAAAAUCGUCAUUCGAAACAAUCAGUAACAUGAGUUACCGGAUUAUGCUUCAGGCUCUUUCUAAAGUGGAUGAUCUGGAUGGAUUGAAGAAAUGUUUUGUAGAAUGGGAAUCGAAUUACUCAUAUUAUGAUACGCGUGUGGCUAAUGCUGUUAUAAGUGGUUAUUUAAGACAUGGCAUGGUUGAAGAAGCUGAACUAGUCUUCCAUGGAUCCGUGAAGAAAUCAAAAGGGCCUUUUGUUCAGACUUUGGCAUUGUUCAUGAAGCAUUACAUUGGGAUUCAGCAAAUGGAUCUGGCUUUAAAAUGUAUUGAAACAGCUGCAACACAAAGUGAAAACAGUAACUGGUUUCCCCACAUUGACAGUAUUCAUGUGUUGAUGAAGUAUUUUGAGAAAGAGAGAGAUGUAGAGAGUGCUGAGAAGCUAAUGGAGAUUUUAAAGAGACUGAAAUGUGUUGAUGAUAAGGUGUAUGGUUUGUUGCUGCAGACUUAUAUAGCUGCUGAUAAAAUGGAUCCGGAUAUGCUCCACAGGAUUCAAGAAGAUGGCAUUUUGGUAACCACAGAGCUCCAGCACAUGCUUAAAAAAGUUUGCCCCCAGUAGCAACAGCAAGCAUUUUUAUAGCGAGUGACAUUAUUUUCAUCCUUAUUAGGGGGAAUUUUGGGUGUUUGCUUGUAUUUAUUUUUGUAUCAUAUGACUUGAAAAGAAAAGAAGGCAAAAGAAAAUGGACUUUUUUUUUUUA